AUAACACCUUUGUUUAUUGGUCCGUGGUCACGGGUAGGUACGACGCUACUUCCGGUAUUUUGGCAAAUCUAGAAAAGCAAGCAUGGGCAUCAACUUGGGAGACGAAUUUCCAAAUUUCAAGGCUGAGACAAGUCAAGGUGAUAUUCAAUUUCACGAUUGGAUUGGCGAUAGUUGGACAAUUCUGUUUUCCCACCCUGCAGAUUAUACCCCUGUUUGUACAACUGAACUUGGAGCAGUGAUUAAACUUGUCCCUGAGUUCCAAAAGAGAAAUGUCAAACUGAUUGCUCUAUCAUGUGACUCAGUGGAAGAUCAUCUUGGAUGGUCCAAGGAUAUCCAGAGCUAUCAGAAGUGUGGUGGAGAGUUUCCCUAUCCUAUCAUUGCUGACAAGGAGAGAAAGUUAGCAGUACAGCUUGGUAUGUUAGAUCCAGUAGAGAAAGACAAGGCUGGAUUACCACUCACAUGUAGAGCUUAUUUCAUCAUUGGACCUGACAAGAAAUUGAAGCUGUCUGCUCUUUACCCAGCUACUACUGGUCGUAACUUUGAUGAGAUACUGAGAGUUAUUGAUUCCCUACAGUUAACAGCUACCAAAAAAGUGGCAACACCAGCUAAUUGGAAGCAAGGAGGAGAAUGCAUGGUUGUCCCAAGUGUUACACCAGAAGAGGCAGCCAAACUUUUUCCAAAACACAGAGUUCAGGAUGUGCCCUCUGGGAAAAGCUACCUUAGAUUUACACCUCAGCCGUAAUGAGUGUGUAUAAAAAUCACAUAUAAUAUGCAAAUGACAAUAUUUUACAUCAAAUUUAUUGUUUAUUUUAUUUAAUUACUAGAGGAUCUUUAAUGUGGUUACUAAAAUAGCCUACUAGUUUUGUGAGGGUUGUAUUUUAUUUUAUUUUUAAUAAAAGUAAAGAAUUUUUUUCUUUCUAUUUGAUAUUUUCUUUUUCAAUAUGUUUAAUAAAAAAAAGUUAAAUACUUAAAAUUUUGUUUCAAAUUUGGGCAAUAUUUAUAUUUUUAUGUACAUGUGUUUGAUUACAUUAGUUUUUGUCAGCCCAGGAUUAUUUAUUCUUUUAAUAUUGGCAGCAUUAAAAUAAGUGUGUUGAACGUUAAUUGUUAUUGUUGAUAAGCAAUUGAAAUUUUUUAUAUUUAUUUUUUUAAACAUUACUAUUAGUGCUAUAAUGGUGCCAUUCUAAAUCAUGUUUAUAAUAACAAUCAUCUUUAUUAAUAAAAAGUAGUAAAUUUUA